GUUGUUGAGUCACAUAAUUUAGAAGUGCCCCCCUUUUCAUUUCAACACGUUAAGUGCCCUCCUAGAAUUCAUCAUCGCGGAUAGUAGCGUACAGAAAAUGUCACCGGAAAAUGGUUCAAACUUGCUGGAAUCCGAUGCGGCCAACGUGAGUUUCAAGGAGACAGAGUUGACCUUAGGGUUGCCUGGUGAGUCUCGUGGGCUAGCAUUAAUAGAGAAAACAAGUGGCAAGCGUGGGUUUUUGGAGACUGUUGAUCUAAAUCUUGGAAGUUCAUCUAAUGUUGAUUCUGAUCAUAACAAAUAUUCUGGGGAGUCCGAAACGGAUGUGCCAAACACGGCUAAGCCUCCGGCAGCAAAAGCACAAGUGGUGGGGUGGCCACCGGUGAGGGCGUAUAGGAAGAACGCAAUGAAGAGCUGUAAAUACGUAAAGGUGGCUGUAGAUGGAGCUCCAUAUUUGAGAAAGGUUGACCUGGAGAUGUACAACAGUUAUCAGCAGCUCUUGAAUGCCCUCCAGGACAUGUUCUCUUGCUUCAGCUUCACCAUCCGCAACUAUUUAAAUGAGAGGACAAUUAUGGAAAAGGAAGUGAAUAAUGGAGUAGAGUAUGUACCUACUUAUGAGGACAAGGAUGGCGACUGGAUGAUGCUGGGGGAUGUACCAUGGAAAAUGUUUGUUGAAUCAUGCAAGCGUCUACGGUUGAUGAAAAGCUCAGAAGCAACUGGAUUUGCUCCAAGGACACCUUCAAAAUGCUCAAGCUCGAGUUGAUGAUGAAGCCAGUUUUUAUAAGAACAUCCUUUGGAACCAUGAUAUAAUUGCUGUACAGAGGCUUUUUGUCUUCGUUUUUACCUUAUACCAUUAGGUUCUAGUUGGAGGUUUUCAUUAGAAAUAGAGAAAUAAGAGAGACCAGCCAAUACAUGAAUUGCAUUAUAGUCUUGGUGCAUGAAAUUGAUGAUGUGGACUCUCCCAAUUUUCAAUAUUUUGCUAUACCUUUUCGUUGAAUGCAUAUAAUAAUAUAAUAUAGUGUUUUUUAGAUCAA